CGGGGAACGAGAACGAGAACGGGCAGAAAUUUGGGGCGCUCCCCAAGAUGCUUCCGUUACGGGUCGAGCGAUCGAGGCGCACGUGGCCUCGUGAGCCGCGGCAUUCUUGAAACACUCCCUCCCCGUCGAGUCAGCGUCGAUGCGUCGGAUCUUCUCGUUACACAACGAACUGAUGGUCGGUAGUCACGAUCGCGUACGUCAGCGAGGGCAUCUUCGGAAGGACACUCAAGGAGUGGAACUUCUUGCAUCGAUGAGAGAUCGAUCUGAUCCCGAGGCAAGAGAGAGCACAGAGCAGGAGGAUUAGUCGUGUACUAUGUACGAGCUAACGAUCGAAUUUUUUCUGUUGGUGCUGUAAUUCCUUGUUUUGCAGGUUGACGAGUUUGAGUCGUGGAAUUUGAAGAAAUUAAAACAAGAACUGGCCAGAAGUAAAGAAUAAGCCCCUUUGACACACGAUAGUUUUAUCAGCGAGGUUUAUGUUGUUUGCCCACUCGUAUGGACGACUGAUUCAGUCACUGCAACUAUCUCGCCCAUUUUUGCGGAUUCGAAUCCGUUUUUCCUCACUAUCGGAUCAGAUUCUUUCGUGAAUCUUUUUUUGGGAGCAGUCGUCGAGCUCGACUGUAAAUGUCAAUCGUAUUUCUUCAUGUUUAUGUAUUAUCAGGUUUUUAGGGGUUGAGGUUCUUUUAGAAGAGCAGCGAAUUCCAACCUAGUGUUCGGUAUCCUCCAUAAUUCUCACGAGAAUUUUGGAGGAGACCGACUGUCAGCGGAACUCGAGAAAGGAUUCAAGUGCAAAUGCUCGAGGGAGUCUUGAGAAAUUAGGCCAUUAGAGAGUAAUCUAAUGAUCGGAGCCUGAGACGAUGGCGAUUGUUCAGCGCUCUGGAUCGGUAGGGGAACCGUUGAGGUCCAAGAAAGUAGUGGAUUUUGACAGGGAGUCGAAGCUAGAUGAGUUGCAAAAAGAGAUGGAAAGGUUGCAGCGAGAAAUCGAGGAGUUAAAAGAGGAGUUUCAGAGGCCUUUGCUUUUGAAAGAAGCGAACGAUGACGCUAAAGCGAAAGAUCCCUUGUGCUUCACCUGCGCGGAGCGUAAAAAAGGAGCAGCAUUAUUUCCUUGUGGCCAUACCUUCUGCUGGAAGUGCACGUCACAGUUGCGACGAGGGAAAGGCCCUUGUCCGUUUUGCUACCAACAAUUCUGGACUGCAGUUCCCGCAUCUAAUCAUGAACUGGGCAAUGAUGAUUGGUCUAGGUACCAUUAUUUGGGAUAAUUCACCUUUCGAACCACCUAAAAAUGAAGUUUUUGGUCCAAUCUCAGUUUGUUACUCCAACUCAUCACCAUUUUGUCAAGUGCUUUAGAUUGGAUCGGUUGAAGUGUAAAUCUGCUGGUGAAUCCAACCACUUCUGCUAACUCUCUCCUUCCAAUUUCCAGACAUUGAGAUGUUUGUCUGGACCAAGUACUCUCUGAAGACGCAAUCAGAACAUCGCAAAUUCGAAUGUGAACAACGUAUCGGUGUUGUGCGUUCUGUGAUUAUUAGAUCAUGCACUUAUAUUCUAUCUUCGGCAGUGCUUGAUUUCCCUUAAGAUAUCAAGCCUUUGUAGACUUGAUCAACUGAACAAAACGUGAAUUGUAAACAUAAAAUUGGCAGUGUUCUGGGCUCAAGUUUCUACACCAGUUUGUUCGAGCUACAUGCAUCCAGAUCAAUUGUUUGUGGGGAGUUCUUCAUUCGUUGUCUCAGCUUACGCAUCAAUCGACCCUCCUUGUCACGAGGAACAUACGUUUCCAAGUUCUUGCACGAAAGCAAUUCUUUCAUAUUCGAACGAAAUGCAUGACACAGUUUUGUGUGUCGAUGCGAUGCCGCUGGUUAUCAUAGGAUUAAAUUUGCGAGUACAUUGAAUCUCGUGUGCCCCGCUUUGGUCUCGGCUCAGCUGUGGCUCAAUUUGU